AUGUCGGAAUGUGAAGGAGCAAGUACCCGUCUUGUAGAUUACGUUGUCGUUAUCGAAUUCGAUGAAACUCAAAUUCGACACGGAAGCAGCGUUGGAAAUAUUAUACAGCGCUUCCCAAAAUAUGAUUGGCCAGAUAUAUCACUAUCACCAAGCCUUGAAGUGUUUUCCCAACCACAAGGUUGGGCUCUUUCGGCGGAAAUGCAUCCUGUUUGCUUCUUCACGAACACACUGACGGAUAUUAUGGGUGCCAGGCAGUAUGCUUGCUGUUUGCAGGUUUACGAGCCUUGUGGAAAUGGUAUUGACGAGGCGGAUGAUACGAGAUCUGAUGAAGGACCAAACCUAUUCAAACCGAAAGUUAUUGUGAUAUUGUCGCGUUUUCCUUUUUUCGAUUUAUUCAGAAAUUGCUUAAAUCGAAUACUCUUGGCUUUGUUGGAAGCGGAAGAUAAAGCCGAAUUGAUGAUUUCAACGCUGCUGUCUCAAGUUUAUCUGACUCCGGGUAUGCCUGCUGUAUCAUUUUGCUUAGGGAGUGAUCGACUUUCUGUACGGGCUCCCAAAUCACCAACUAUACCUGUUACAUCUGAUAAAGUGACACUAUUUCUGCAACAGUUAGGAACAAUCCAUAAUAUUCUAACGCUGCUUUGUGCUGUCAUGACUGAUUAUAAGAUAUUGUUUCGAUCCAGUUCACUUUCUUUGCUUGCUGAUAGCUGUUACGCUCUGCGUUCGCUUCUGUAUCCUUUUGAUUAUCCGCAUACUUAUGUUCCUGUACUGCCUGAAUUACUCAUUGAAUACUUAGAAAGCCCAACUCCAUACAUUAUGGGUGUGCUAAACACUGUCCGUAUACGGUAUACUGAUUUAGAUGCAGUUGUAGUGGAUCUAGAUGUUGGUGCUGUUUACGUACCUCCUUCGAUUACAAUACCUGUUAUUCCUCAACCAUUUCAUCAGCAACUCACUUCUUCAUUGCAAAUGGUACUGUUUCCCGGUCUCUCUACCGCAGAUUAUGCUUGGAAAGUUGGGCAGCCACCAUUUCCUGCUUGUGAAGUACAGGAUAAAAGAAUUCGAGCAUGUUUUCUGCGUUUCUUUGCGGAUUUGUUAAUAGGAUAUCGGUGCUGCUUGGAAGUCAUUCGUGUUUAUACGCCACCACUAAUCGUCUUUCAUAAAUCUGCAUUUCUGGGAUUACGGCAAUUGUCUUCGUGUCCACUUAUUCGUGCUUUCCUUGAUAGCUUGCUUUUCCAGUCUUUCAUAUCCGAACGCGGGUUACCUUUCCGAAUUUGCGACUUGUUCGACGAACUUGUUGCUCAGAUUAGCGAGCAAUUAAAUGGUCAGUUCGGUUCGCGAACAACCAAUAUAGAAAAUAUCGUUGAGACUGCUGAAAAAUUACUUGAGAAUGAAAGGCAGGAAACCCCGUUUUCAGUCACUCCCUUUGUAACUCAGCAGCGAUUUACUGUUUCAUUUUCAACUACAAAACUGCGUCUUCUUAAUAAUGAUUUGAUAUCACGAUCAAUCAGCCGUAAGCUAGAAACAACCUUAAAUAAUGUAGCACCUGUAUUAUGUCCACGUCGUGUCCAAGCCACACCCUGGAUUAUUGCUAAAGAAGAACAUAUGGGAGCAGUUUCUAGACGUUUACAAGUUCUUAGCAGCUGCUUGCAUAACAUCUUUGAUUUCAAAUUGUCGGAUGCCAGAAAGAUAAUGUGUGCAGUAGAAUUAUCAAUGCGAAGUGUUAAUGCUCGCGUAGCAUUUUGUCAAUUGCUAUGGAAAAAUCUUGUCCCAGUCAACCGUGCAACGCUAUUUCCGCAGCAGUUUGAAUUAAUUGUGCGAUUAAUGAACUGCGCCCUCAAUCAAGAAUCCAGAGAGGAUGAACACGGAAUUGCCUAUGCUAUGCUAUACCUCUCCAACAUUUAUUGCAGACGCUUAACAGCUGGUGUACAUCAAUUUGCAUACACUUGCAUUCAAGAACAUGCGGUAUGGGAUAAUCAGCAGUUCUGGGAAGCAGCAUUCUUCCAUGACGUUCAUCGACAAAUCAGGCGUCUUUAUUUACCAGUAAGGGAAGAGUCGGAUUGUCCAUUUCCACUGAAAGAAAAUGUUACGGAUACAUGGAAUUUGAUGGAAAAACCUUCUGGAAUGGAUUUGGUCAGUGAUCAGCUGGCAAACAUUUCAAAUGUUAAGGAAAAUGAAAUCGAGAAGCGUGCAAAAGAAGAAAAUUCGAUUGUUUAUGGACAGGCAAAACAUUAUAUUAAUCUGAUGGUAUAUAUGCGAGUACCACUCGAUGUCUCAAAGUUACGUCGCGUUAAUGUACGUGAGCUAGAAAGACGAAGUGAUCGGAAUGGUAGAAAACGUGAUUUUGAUGAAGAAACUGAACUGUCCGCAAGUGAAAGUGAAGUGGAAAGUGGUUUUGCUGAAGCGGAUUCAACAGAUUUAGGGAAUUCUACUGUUCGUUGGAUCAGCAGGCUCAUUGAUCGUAUUUGUUCAUCGGCUGGUUUGGAGCAACCUCAAAUUGAAAGUCUUUGUGGAGAAAUACCGGGCUUCGUUGCACUGCAUAUCGAUAAUCUGGAACAAGUUUAUACUGAAAGCAAACGUCUUUCACCUUUGCAUAAGCCGAAAUUAUUACAACCGGCACUUUUAUUACCAUCUGAACGUAUUGUUGCUGGAGGACUGCGAGUGUUUUUGUUAGCCGAUGGACGAAUAGCGAGCAUAACAUGUAGCGAAACACCACAAGGCCUUCUUCCAGCAGAAGGAGCUAUUUUCCUAACUAAUUAUCGAGUUGUAUUCAAAGGACAGCCUUGCGAUUUAUUCUUAUGCGAGCAGGUAGUUGUACGUUCAAUAACAGUUAUGUCAAUAACGAAGGAGAAACCGAUUGGUGAUGCUUCAUCCCAAAGCUCUCAGCUUGAGGGUAUUCCCGUACGUGUGGCACAUCAGUUACAUGAUGCUUUCCAGAUACGAAGUUCUGGUUUUCAACUCAUGAAAUUCGCAUUUGAUGAAGAAGUACCGAAUGAGAAGGCAGAAGAAUUCAUGGAAGCUUUGAGUAGUUUACGAUGGGCAUCUGUUUUACCACAUACAUUUUUCGCUUAUUCAGCUGCUUCAUCAGUACUUUCAUCAACUUUGGGCGGUAUCACAUCGAAACACAAGUACGGAACGAUGAAGGAAUUGAAGAAGGCGUUAAUGCGGAAUCCAUUGAAGGAAAGAAAACGAUUCCGUACUCCAGUCAAAGCAUUACCACCAAUUCCGAAAAACGGUGAAGCGGGCACACUGAAUGUCUUAUCACCUGGUGCACCACCCCGUUCCUCAAAAAAUGAUUAUUUGGACCUAUCUGAUCCAACAACAAGCGGGCUACAUCGUCAUUAUUUGGUCGAUUACGAUCGAUUGGGCUUGAAUCAUGGUUCCUUUCGGUUAUCAAACGCAAAUCGUCGUUAUGGACUGAGCAAGAGUUAUCCAAAUAUUGUAGUGGUGCCUGCAAAUACACCUGAUGACAAUUUUACGAAAAUCGGUAAAGGAUUCCGGCAUGGUCGUUUUCCCGUAAUUACAUGGAAAAGUGACAACGGUGCGUUACUUGUACGUGGUGCAGGCUUCAGUUCACAAACAGUGGUCAGUCGGUUAAGGAAACAAGCAAAUUUCCUUGGCAGUAGUGAUAACCAAAAUAUAGGGUAUAGCGGUUCUUAUAUGUCCCUUAAUCCACGUGAUAUGGCUCUACCAAACAGCGUUGAAUUACAGGAAAGAUACGUUUCUAUGUUUGCGGCACUUUCACCGAAGAUGACAAGUGCAGAUGGUCAUUCAUUAAUGUCUGAGUCAGUAGAAUCAUUGUUAUCGCUCUAUUCGAUGAUUACGGCAGAUGGUUUGUCACUAAAUUCCGGAACUCCUGAUUUAUAUCGUAAAUCACAAACAGACAUUGCUCGACAUGCAGCAAAUUUUGUCCGAAAUAGUGGAGGAAGAUCUGGAAUAAAACCCGCAAAUGGUGAGCGGUUUAUUGGUUAUGUGGAUUAUGGUAGCAAUAUCCAAUCACGACAUACGAAUUUGGGACGAGGACAGGCAGUGAAGCCGGUGAUCAGUCUCACAAGGAAGGCACUAUACGUUUUAGGAGAUAGAAGUCAAGCUAAGAUGCUAAAGUUGGACAAUAGAUGCGAAUUCAUUCCUGUAAACUACCCAUCUGCCCAUAAUGUGAAGAUAUCCUUCAAAAAAUUUUUGCGUGCAGCAUGCCCAAGCUGGCCGUUAGAUAACGAUCCAUCUCUGACUUUUCUGAAGCAAAUCGACGAUUCUUUGUGGUUGCAUAUGGUAUCUUCGUUGUUGCAUUUAGCUUGUGCAAUAGUGGAUCUGAUUGAUGUACAACUUUCAACCGUAGUUAUAUGCAUCGAAGACGGAUGGGAUGCCACUUGUCAACUUACAGCGCUUUCAGAGCUUCUCCUUGAUCCUUAUUACAGGACAUUCGAAGGAUUUCGAGUUCUGGUAGAAAAAGAAUGGCUUGCAUUUGGGCAUCGAUUUUCUCAUCGUCACAAUCAUUCAGCUGCAUCUCAAAGCAGUGGCAUUGCACCCAUGUUUUUAUUAUUUUUGGAUGCUGUACAUCAGACUUGGGAACAGUGUCCAUCAGCAUUCGAAUUCAAUGAUUUCUACCUUCGUUUCCUUGCUUAUCAUUCUACUUCUGCAUGUUUUCGUACAUUUUUACAUGAUUCGGAGGCGGAGCGGAUUAAGUUUGAUUCGCUUACUUUAUCAGCAGGAGAACCACGUACCGCAUCACUAUGGACAUACAUUGAUGAGAAACGCCUUGGAUCGUCUCUGUUCGAUAAUUUCAUAUAUGUUGCUGAAAUGCACACUGUUUUACGACCACAAUCAAGUAUAGCCAGCAUAACAUUGUGGCCUUUUUACUGCGAAGAUCAUUUGGCACAUGGGUCUCCUUAUGAUAUCGAAAUAGCUGAGAUGGAACAGCAGCAACGUGAAGAUGAGCAUCAAGAAUCGUUGAUUGAUGUUGGGGCUUCGGUUUCCAUGCCAAGGAGAUUAUUGGAUGCAAGCUAUCGUUGUACACAUUUUCUUCUUCUCGAUUCAUUUUCAUCUUUAAUUGAGAGGUUCAUUCGAUUACGUCCACUUCUCACUAGUGAAGAUGAGAAAGCCGUCGAUUCAUGGCAUACAUUGAUUGCAGUAGUGAAUGACCGUGCAAUGCAAAUUUCAUGCUUUCAGAAUGAUGAGGAUGCAAGUGCUGUAAGUAUUUGGCAUCGUUACGUGCAAAGAGCUGUUCAAAAGAAGGAAACUGUCAAGCUUUUGCUUCAUGGUACAUCCCGACAACAAAGUUCGUCAAGGCAAAGAGAUAGUACAGCAAGCACAAGUUCGGGUCAUCAUUUCAUUACACAGCAGGUCACUCCUGGGGAUAUAUGUGCAGUAUGCCAUCAGAAUGCUCCAGGUGUUGUAAUACGUACAGUUCAUCGAUGUGUGGGGUGUGGUAUGAUUUGUCAUGAAAAAUGUUCUGUCCUAGUAUCUUCUACUUGUCCUAAUAUGGACGAAAAAAGAUUAGUGGUAGCUGCCAAAUGUGAUCUUCCAUCAGUGUCAAAACGAUCUGCAACUUAUACAGCAGAUACAAGGACGCUAACAAUGAGUGCAAGUUGCCCUCAUGCUGGUGCCACCUAUAGUGGAUUUUUAAUGAAGAAAGGUGCUACAUUUAAAAUGUGGAAGCCUCGUUGGUUUGUUCUGGACUCAAAUAGACAUCAGUUGAGAUAUUAUGAGAAUGAAACGGACAUAAACUGUCGCGGUAUUAUCGAUUUGGCUGAUGUUAAAUCUGUCGAAAUAGCUGCUAGCCAUGCUCUGAGAAAACCGCUUCUGGAAGUUCGUACCUCCAGACGUGUGUACUCACUACUUUCUGAUACGAAAGCUGACGCCGACUUAUGGUUAGAAAAGAUUUUGGCUGCUUUGCAUGACUAA